GCAGCAUCAUCCGCUUCUACAGCGGUGUGUGUGUGUGUUAGGGAUCAGUGUGUGGGUAGUGACGAUUAUGCAGUCGUUGGAUUAUUAUAAAAAAAUAAUGAAACAAGCAGGAUAGCUAUCAGUAUUCAGUUUAUUCUUUACUGCUGGGACUUAAUUAUUAAAUAUAACGCAAACAUGGAUUGAUGGAUGGAUAAAAAGACAGGAAGUUAAAUCACACGGAAAUGAAACUGCGUUUUGGAUCUUAUAGCAGGUUUAAAACUUCACUUCAUCCUCUAAGAGUAUGUUGAAAGCUUUGAUUGGAAUUUGCACCCUUCAUCUCACAACUAUCUUUUUACUUUUCUGGGCUACGAUUGAUGAUGCUUGGUGGUUUACAAGAACCAUGUACACAGACCUGUGGGGGAGAUGGGUGAUGGAGAGAAAUGAUGAUGUCUGGGUAUACAUGGACAUACCAACAUCUUACCGAAAAGAUUACUUGCAGGCAGUGCAAGCCUUUGCAGUACUGGCCUGCCUCUUCGCAGUCAUCUCCCUGUUUGUGUUUCUAUUUCAACUCUUUAUGCUGGGGAACGGAAAGAGGUUUACGAUCCCUGGAGUUCUGCAGCUUCUGUCAUGCUUCUGUAUUAUGAUAGCCCUGUCGGUCUACACGGAUCAUUUCCACAGGGAAGAGAAAGAUGGCUGGUACGGCUGGUCGUAUAUCAUGGCAUGGUUUGGAUGGCUGCUCACGCUAAUCAACGGUACCAUCUACGUAGUCCUGCGCAAGAGGGUGGAGUAACUCAGUAAAGCUAGAAAGGGCUAGUUAGCAAGAGCGAUCAAGCUCUUGUAAUUUCCAGUUUCUUUUGGUCUGAUUAUCCGUUUGGAAUAAGAAUUUCUUUUGGUGCAUUUCCAGAUUACAAAGUAAAAGUUCAGGAGAAAACAAUACUUCAAGCCUUGAUGUAUCUAAGAUCUUCAGAUUAUCAAAUUAUCAAACGGUUAUAUUACAUUCUGUAUUAAUUAUAGGUCACUGUACCAUGAACCCCAUGCCCAUGUGCAAUACUGGAUAAAUUGAGGUUCUAUAGAAUUGAAAUAGAUCGGUUUUUCCAAAGAUUCUAGGCUUUAACCGUCUGUUACUAUAACAAUUCACUAUAAAGAUUAAUUAGUCAUUCAUUUCAAUUAAUUCUGUAUUUAAUUAGGCUGGCACGUGUGCAAAUUAACUAUCCAAAUAACAGACAAUGUUUAUCUGUUUAGUCUGAUCUAUUAGUUUAAUGAUGCCCGGUGCGUAUAAUAAGUGUGCUUUCAUGGGAGCGUGAUAGAGAUGCAGGAAUUUAAUAUAAAGUUUAUGAAAAAAGUGUAAAGAAAAUUUAUUCUAUAUAUAUAUAAAUAUGAAAAUGACAGGUGUGUAAAUAUCUAUAAUAUACAGUUAAAGUAUAUAGACAGACGCUGUAAAAAUAUAGUUUUGAAAGAAUACUGAUAACAAAGAUAGACAUCUGUUCAGAACCACUUCUUUGUAUCGUCAUAUUUUGAUUAUUUUGUCUUGGCAUUUUACUUUUCACGUUUUUUAAAUGUAUUAUGGUUUCUUCUAUCUGCCAAAGUAUUACUGUAUACUGCACAAGUCUGGACUCAUGACCAACAGAAGAUUAGAAGAUUCAUCUAUAUGCAUUUAUUGUCUGGUGCUGUAACAUUUUGUAUCUUAACUAGUAAAAAUGCAGUGAAGUAUCUGCAUUCGUCAAACCAUACAGAGGGAAACGUGUCAUCCCAGACGAUAAAGCACUGGUGUCUUUCACUGGUGUGGGUGGGAAGUCACUGUGAGAGAACCGAUGUUAUGAAAGCUUAUUAAAUGUUCAUGUGGUCAUGUUAUUAUGCAGUAAAUCCUGGCUAGUGGAAAGAUAGAAGGUUGUACUGUCCUAGGGUUAUUAAUAACUAUGGAAGAUUUACAUUAAUGCUCGCUGAAGCCGCAGGAAAUAGAUUCAAGGAGUACGGUUAGAUUAGACGAGCGUGUCUGGGAUCAGAAGUGUACACUGUUCAGAUGUGGAAAAAGUUUGAUGAUGUAGAAAAUGUAAAUAAAAACAUUUCACUAAUCACACAA